CGAAAUCAAAAUUUACAAAACAUUUCAUGAUCAAGUACUUCUUUUCUUUGAUUCUUUUCCUGCAAAUAUUUUUAAAUAAUUUUCUGUAAUAAACUGGUGAAGGAAUGAGUGGUUGUUUAGGCGCACACUGUCCUACCUGCGAGCUGGAUCUUGGCGAUAAGCGCAACACAAUCGCUUCAGUCGUUUCAGGAGGAUUAUUUUUCAUUGGGUGGUGGGUCAUGAUUGAUGCUGCAGCAAAUGAGAAAUUUGAACCAGCAUUUCACACUGCUGGAGUGGUGUCAUCUUUGGCUGUCAUUGUCAUCAAUUCAGUCUCAAAUUCUCAAGUAAGAGGUGACACGUAUGAUACUGGAUUUCUUGGUACCAAAGGUGCAAGGGUUUGGUUAAUUAUUGGGUUUUUGCUGGCAUUUGGUGGACUAAUUGCUGCAUGUUGGAUUUUAUUUGCUGAUUAUGUGAUUCAUGAUGUUAGCAAUCCAUAUCCUGGUGUUGCCAUCUUCUUACAGAACGCCUUUAUUUUCUUCGGUGGGCUUAUAUUCAAGUUUGGUCGAACAGAAGAGGACUUCUAGAGGGUUGUGAAUGUAAUACAAACCUUAUUCAUUUGAUGGUGAAGAUUCAAUGGAACAUGUAUGGACUAAAUGACAUUAUGGCACAUUUUUUCAUAUGUAUUUUUGAAAUCUUUAUAUAUUUAUGCUUUUGUAUAUAUCAGGGGUUUCUUAUUUGAGAAAAUAAUGUAAAUAAUUAUUGGUGAUAAAUUAAUUUCUUAAUUAUCCAAUAAUAUUAUUUAUUUGACGGCAAUUGCAAGCAGAAUCAUUUUUCUCCAAAUUCAUGUCGUCCAACAGUAUUUAGAUUUAACAAGUACAAUAUUUUUGGCAUGAAUAAUUCAUCUGCUAUGUCAGCCAAAUUAUGUAUUUUUCAUUGAAUCAAAAUAUGUUAUCACAGCAA